UAGAAAGCCGUUUUUGCUGAGGGUUUCUGUUCUCUGGUCCUGGCAUAGCAGUAUGGUAUAUGCAAGAGGACUUCAGAUCACGGGAAAUGGAAUCAAAAGUUACGUUUAUUUUGGUGCAGAGUUUUGAAACCCAUCCACGUUUUUUAAAAUCGCAGUAAGCAUUUUCAUGAACUUUUGGAAGAGCCUCACGUGGUGUGAUGACAGUUUCGCCAAACCUAGGAGGCAGUAACUUUCUGGGAGUUGGCUGCCAUUCCGGGGUGCGCUGGCUUCAUCUGCAAGACGUCCCCAUCGCGGAUUCCCCUGACCCCGUCCUGCGGCCCCCAGUGCCUCAAUCCCUUCCCGGCCCCGCCACCCUCUGCUCCCUGGCCUCGCAGACCCGCCCAGGCGCAAAGCUGAGACGCGAAGCUCCCGGGGCCCCCGCAUCGCGGGGCGCAGGUCGCCACGGACGACUCGGAGCGGCCAUGUGCUCGCCCCCCGAGCGAGGGCAAGAAAUCCCUGCAGCUCGGUUUUGUUCAAUGGUCCGCUCCCUGAGUCCCGUUUCCCCACUGGCUGCCCCUCAUUAGCAUGAACGGGGGUGGGGGGAGAGCCGGCGAGCGCGAGCCCAGGCCGGGUGUGAGAGCCCGGGAACCCUGCCUGCCGAAAUGACAGCUCGGGCUCUGUGGCUUCUCUGUUUGCUCGUGGGAUCAGCCCCCGAGGCCCCGGGGCUGGAAAGGAAAGCGUCGCCGCCUCGCGACAGAAAGCCCGACCCCAGCGGCGUCCGGGGAGCCGAGGUGACGCCGGGCCCCCGGGGGCAGCCGGUCCCCGAAGCCCCCCGGCGGCCGCGCGCGGCGGACACCGCCCCCCGCGCCUGGCCCGACCCCCGCCGCCGGAAGGCCCCGCCACCCGCCGAGAACCGCGCCGGCUUCCGGGAGGCCACGCGCGCGCCCGCCGGCCCGCCGGCCCCGCGGCUCGCGCAGGCCGACAACCGCCCGUCGCCGCGGCGCGCGCGCGCCCGGGCCCUGCGCUUCCCGGCCGCGCGGCGCGCCGCCGAGGCCCCCGACGGCCACGCCCACCCCAACCGGCCGCGCGCCGCCGCCGCCGCCGCCGCCGCCCCGCCCCCGGGGCCCGCGCCCGCGCCGCCGCCGCCGCGGAGCGACCCCGAGCCCGGCGCCGAGCCCUGCGCGCGCGCCUGCCGGGCGGACGCGGACGAGCGGGAGGCGUUCUGCGCCAGCGAGUUCGCCGUGAACGGGAUCGUGCACGACGUGGACGUGCUGGGCACGGGCGUCCGGCUGGUGACGCUGCUGGUGGACCGCGACGGGCUGUACAAGAUGAGCCGCCUGUACGUCGCGCCCGACGGGUUUUUCUUCCGCGUGCACAUCCUCGCCCUGGACGUCUCCAGCUGCCAUAAGCCGUGCCCAGAGCUGAAGCCUGGCAGCAGGUACAUCGUGAUGGGCCACAUCUACCACAAGAGGCGGCAGCUGCCCGCAGCCCUGCUGCAGGUCCUGCGAGGGCGCCUGCGGCCGGGAGACGGGCUGCUCGGCACCGGCAGCGGCUACGCGAAGAGGUUUAACCGCCGGCGGGCCGGGCGCGUUCAGGGCGCGGCUCUCACCCAGUGCCCCUGACUCCCGGCGGCCUCCGCCCUCCCGGCCCGGGGUCCCCACCCACGGCUGCCCCGGCUGCAGGCACCGCACUUAGAACCGCGGCUUCCCGAGCCCGGCGGCCCGGCCCCGCCACCCAGCGGCCCCGCGGCCGCGCUGCGAUCCGUCCAGCUAACAGAUCACGGCGUCAUGUCAAGUUUUUAAAUUAUUUUAAUUUAAUGCCAACUCUUCAGUAGAAAUGGUUCACACACACACGCACACACACACACAUUUCUUGAAAUAUACAACUUUGGAUAGCUUACAUCAUGAAUCAAACCAAAUUUUAUAUGCAAACCAUCACAUUUUAAGUUCUGUACAUUAGUAAGCGCAGAGUCCAGGACAAAUACUAAAAUUUUACAUUUGAACAGUCAGUCCUAACGGGCUCACUUCAAGCAGACAAGUGUUCCUGAGGCACCAAGACAUGACACAGCUUGUCUCCCCAAUGCCUCCCUGCUCCUAGUAGCUUAGGUUUCACGCUAAACGGGCAGCUAUUCCAAUGCUAAAUGUAUCCUGGGUGUAUCUGAUGUCAUUUUACAAUGAAGACCAAGUGCCAUGUUUGUAAAGUAGUAAACCUUGCUUUGAAGUCCGA